CGACACUACUCACCGCCAACUCCAAUCCAAGUAAAUUAAGCACGUACACGCUACUAGACAGCUGACCUUCCGACGAGCGAGUAGCGAGCUAGCAUUUAGCAACAUGUGCGGCGGUGCGAUCCUCGCCGAGCUCAUACCCAGCGCGCCGGCGCGGCGCGGCGUCACGCCAGGCCACGGUAGCGGCGGCAAGGGUCGGACUGCGGCCAACGACGACGACGACUUCGAGGCCGCGUUCCGUGACUUCGACGAGGACUCCGAGGAAGAGCCGGUGGGCGCGAUUACGAAGAAGGCGUUCGGGUUCGCCGGGACCCGGCGCAGGCGGCCCAGCAGCCCGUACUACGGCGUGCGGCGCCGGCCGUGGGGCAAGUGGGCGGCCGAGGUGCGCGACCCCGUCCGGGGCGUCCGCGUCUGGCUCGGCACCUUCGCCACCGCCGAGGCCGCGGCGCGCGCCUACGACCACGCCGCGCGCGACCUCCGCGGCGCCACCGCCAGGCUCAACUUCCCGUCCAACUCCAAGCGCCGCUCCGCCGUUGCCAAGGCGGCGCCGCGCGUGGACGAGGACGAGGACGAGGACGAGAACGGAGGAGGCGGCGCCCUGCCCGACAGGUCGUGCCAGGGCAUGUCCGCGGUCGGCUUGUGCGUCGAACUCGGCGGCGCCUCGAAGCGCGCCCGGACAGAGCCCCAGGAAGAAGCCCAGGGAAGGGAGAAGAAGGUGGCGCCUGCGCUGGCGCCGUCCGACGAUUCCGCCGAUACGCUGCUGAUGGACGCUUUCAUGUUCGGCGACCCGUUCAGCUUCUUCGACGGCGGCUUGUGCUACGAGCCUGCCGUGACGAUGGACUGCCAGUUGUUGGGCGGCGACGCCGUGUUUUGCGACGACAGCGUGGGACUCUGGAGCUUCGACGACAGUGUUUGCUUCUAGGCCGGCCGGUUUUCCUUCUUCCAAUCCUUGCUGCCGAGUUGCCCCUGUAAAAAAAAAGGAUGUAGUGGAACCCUAAUAAGCAAACCGUUUUUU